UUUCGUAUCUCACGUGCAUGUACGUGUGUGUGUGUGUGUGUACCGUGAACGCGUGCGGCCGAUCGGACGACUCUCUUACCACAUUUUAACCCGAAAGGUACAUCGCAAAGAGAUUAAAAUGACUGCUCCAGCCGUGGGCAUUGAUCUUGGCACCACCUAUUCCUGUGUCGGGGUUUUCCAGCACGGCAAAGUGGAGAUCAUUGCCAACGACCAAGGCAACCGGACCACCCCAAGCUAUGUGGCCUUCACCGACACAGAGCGUCUCAUCGGAGAUGCAGCCAAGAACCAGGUAGCCAUGAACCCAAGCAACACAGUGUUUGAUGCCAAGCGUCUGAUUGGUCGCAGAUUUGAAGACCCGUCCGUGCAGGCCGAUAUGAAACAUUGGCCAUUUCAAGUCAUCAACGACGGGAGUAAGCCGAAGAUCAAGGUGGAGUACAAGGGGGAGACCAAGACAUUCUACCCGGAAGAAAUCAGCUCCAUGGUGCUCGUUAAAAUGAAGCAGACAGCCGAGGCUUUCCUUGGCAAGAGUGUCAAUAAUGCUGUGAUCACCGUCCCGGCUUACUUCAAUGACUCCCAGCGCCAAGCUACAAAAGAUGCUGGUGCCAUCUCUGGCCUCAAUGUCUUGCGUAUCAUCAAUGAGCCCACCGCAGCUGCCAUUGCGUACGGUCUGGAUAAAAAGGUCGGCAAGGAGCGAAAUGUCCUGAUCUUUGACUUAGGAGGCGGCACCUUUGAUGUGUCUGUGCUGGUCAUUGAGGACGGCAUCUUUGAAGUCAAGUCGACCAACGGCGACACUCACUUGGGGGGCGAGGACUUUGACAACAACCUCGUCAACCACUUUGUGGAGGAGUUCAAGCGCAAGCACAAGAAGAACAUUACAACCAACAAACGGGCUCUGAGAAGGUUGCGCACUGCCUGUGAGCGUGCUAAGAGGACUCUAUCUUCCAGCUCACAAGCCAAUGUCGAGAUUGACUCACUGUUCGAGGGCAUCGACUUCUACACCUCCAUCACCCGGGCCCGCUUUGAUGAGCUGAACGGCCACCUGUUCCGAGGCACCCUGGGCCCCGUGGCCAAGGCCCUCUCUGAUGCCUCAAAGGAGAAGAAGGAUAUUGACGAUGUGGUGCUGGUCGGGGGCUCUACUCGUAUCCCCAAGAUCCAGAAGCUGUUGCAGGACUUCUUCGAUGGCAAGGAGCUGAACAAGAGCAUCAACCCAGACGAGGCUGUGGCCUAUGGAGCAGGUGAGAUUAACCAGAGCAAAAGCUUACUUUAUUACCAAGGAUACACACAUAUGGUCAAGAAUCUUCUGGGCAAGUUUGAGUUGUCUGGCAUCCCGCCUGCCCCCCGAGGUGUCCCACAGAUUAACGUGACCUUUGACAUUGAUGCCAACGGCAUCCUGAAUGUGUCCGCCGUCGACAAGAGCACGGGGAAGACCAACAAGAUCACCAUCACUAACGAUAAAGGCCGGCUUUCCAAGGAGGAGAUUGAGAGAAUGGUGGCAGACGCCGAGAGGUACAAGGCGGAGGAUGAUGCCCAACGUGACCGCAUCAGUGCCAAAAACGGCCUGGAAGGCUACGCCUACAACAUGAAGUCCACCGUUGAGGAUGACAAGCUGAAAGACAAGAUCAGCCCGGAGGACAAGCAGACUAUCCUGGAUAAAUGCAAGGAGGUCCUUGACUGGCUCGACGGUAACCAGANCCCCAUUCAAACCAUUGUCCGAUUCAACUGCAACAUUUUUUCUGGGUUCAAGUGUAAAGAUACAAUUAGAGACUUUUUUGUUUUUUUCAUGUGCUGCUUAGGCCGGCUUUCCAAGGAGGAGAUUGAGAGAAUGGUGGCAGACGCCGAGAGGUACAAGGCGGAGGAUGAUGCCCAACGUGACCGCAUCAGUGCCAAAAACGGCCUGGAAGGCUACGCCUACAACAUGAAGUCCACCGUUGAGGAUGACAAGCUGAAAGACAAGAUCAGCCCGGAGGACAAGCAGACUAUCCUGGAUAAAUGCAAGGAGGUCCUUGACUGGCUCGACGGCAACCAGAUGGCAGAGAAGGACGAGUUUGAGGAUCGCCAGAAGGAGCUGGAGAAAAUCUGCAAUCCCAUUAUCACUAAGCUCUACCAGGCAGCAGGAGGUGCGCCGGGGGAUAUGCCCGGAGGCAUGCCGGGUGGUAUGCCAGGGGGUGGUUUCCCCGGAGCAGGUGGGGCACCCAGUGGGGGAGCCAGCAGCGGAGGACCUACCAUUGAGGAGGUUGACUAAAGAUCAUCUCCCUCCGAAAAACGGACGCUACUCACACCUAGAGUCAUUCAGAAAAAUGCCCAUGUCAUACAGUGCAGCGAAGGAGGAAAUCUGGUUCCAAAGUCAUUGAUAAAAGACAUUGACACAUUGCCCUUGAAGCUUUCAUUGUCAAUUUGCCCAUUGUGCAAACAUUACAAGAUUUCUUGCCUCAGUAGAACAAAGUGGCAAAUGAACUUUUUUGACCCACACAAACAGAAUUGUUUUUGAAAUGGGACUUGGAGAAGUGCUGUAUUCGGCAGUGCACAGUAGGAAGGUGCUAAAGAUAAAAAUGUCAUCAUGUGGUAUUUGGGGAGUGGAUAAGCAAUGUCAUUUUUCUUCACUUCAGGUAACCAUUUGCAACUUGGUACCUUUCAUCUGGGGUAACUCAGUGGUCACCAGGUUUAACACGGCCUCUGUCCUUACCAGCAUUUCCCAAGAAAAACUUUCUUAUCGUUAAUCCUUCUGGAAUACAUUGUUCACAGUUAUUCUUUGAAACGAUCUGUCGAAAUGUUUCCCAAAGUACUGUCAAGUGAAUAAGAUUUCAAAACUGCUUAAAGAGUAGCGAAAUGGGUGACCGAGCUUUUUUGCUCUCUUUACACAAGACUGUUGGGAUUGUUUGUUCAGAUGGUGCUUUUUCCGCCCCAAAAAACAGGCUUAUUGCUGUGCACCUGUAAACUGGCCUCGUCAAAUUGUUCAGCUCUAGCCAAGGAAUCAGAUAUAUAUUUGGUAUUUUCAUAUGGUGAAUCCAAAUGUGACCCACCGUCCCCAAACCAGGCUGAAGUCGGUAUUUGUUGGACAAUUCCUCUCCUUCAGCUUUUUUUUUUUUUUUUUUUUUAACAGUUGAAGGUGAUCCAUGGUAAAUGAAAAAUAUGUGACAGCUGUAAAACUCCUGUGAAAAUCUGAACAGUGGAAGUUCCACUAUUUCAGGAUUAUGAAGUUACCUACUUCAGCCUGGUUUGGGGAUGGUGGGUCACAAGUGGUUCACUUGGACAAGACGAUUACAGUUGCUCAGCGUUAUAGCUAAUGAAGCCGAGAUACCUGAAUGUGUUCACAUUGCUUGUACACCAAAGAGUCAAAUGACGAUCAUUUACAUGUAUGUUCAUGUGUGAUUCAGUCAUCUGCACUUUUUUGAACUGACACUUUUUUUGCUAUACUAAGAGUAACUAUAGAUGGAAAGCAUAAUUUUUUAUAUUUUACUCAAUGCUGUGCUUUUCCCCCUUACAUGUAGAAUUAGAGUGGAAGAAAACAUACACCCAAACUGGGACGUGUAUUUGGGUUCUAGUUCUUGAUGUAAAUUGUGUUUGUUUUUCCAUGUUGGGAUAUGUUGAUAAUUGUGCAGACGGAUCGAUAAGCACUGCAGUUCUCUGAUUUGCAAACCCAUGUAGACUGUCAUUAUUAAGCUAAAAAAUGGAUUGCAGUCAAAAAUUGUUUUAAAACAAAAGGCACGUUAAAAUCAGCAGUGUAUUAAAGAGUGCAUCGUUACCAGCGUAGGUACAGUCUGACAGUAAAUAUCCCAUGGCAAUCCUUACUCUUGGGACACUUAUGGUAGCCGAAUUCUUUCGCUUCUGACAAGCCAUGCACGAGUUCCAUUAUGCAGCCUCAGGAAGUCUUCUUACACAACUCAAGGUUUGAGUAGUCAUUUUGUAGCGGAUGCUGACAGAAAAUGUGAAACUCAGUAACUGUUGAAGGUAUGCAUAUUUUUAAUGGGGGUCCUAAAAGUAAGGAUUUCCAUUUCUAUGAAACAUUGACCCAUUUGCAUUUUUGUGCCUCUUGGUUGUAAAUAAAUGUGUCUAAACCAUUGGUUGAUAUACUUACUAGUUAUAAUUAUCUGCUGGCCAAAUUGUUGCAUAAUGGCAGAUUAUAUAUUCUAGACUUUCGUAAAUGAAAUACUAAAUAAAUUUUCUCGUGUUCAAAUAUUUACCACAAACUUUAAAAUAGAGAUGGUUUCUAUAGCUUGUUAUUUAGUAGUGUGCAAUCAGUUUCUUUUGAAUAACCAUUGCAAUUAUUCGUGUCAAAACAAAAAUUGUCGAGUACUUGUUGAAUUAAAAAAUAUCUUGUUUGUUUCUUUUUUGCUGAUGAGGAUUUGCAGUUUUACUCCUGAGAGAAAUUAAAGCUGCAUACAUUCACAAAAAGUA